GCAAAUCUAACAUAAUGGAUGCUGUUAGCUUUGUGAUGUGUGAAAAGACAUCCAGUUUGCGAGUUAAAAGUGUUCGAGAGCUUAUCCAUGGAGCACAUGUUGGAAAACCAGUUUCUUCUACAGCUAGUGUGAAGAUAGUGUAUUGUGAGGAAGAUGGGGAAGAAAAAACAUUUUCAAGAGUUAUCCGUGGUAGUUGUACUGAAUUUCUUUUCAAUGACAAGUCUGUCAGCCGAUCUGCUUACAUAGCUGAGCUUGAGAAAAUAGGGAUUCUUGUCAAGGCUAGGAAUUGUCUAAUUUUUCAGGGAACAGUAGAAUCAAUUGCAAUGAAGAGGCCAAAGGAGAGGACUCAACUUUUUGAACAAAUCAGUAAUUCAUGGGAAUAUGCUGAGGACUAUGAGCAGAAGAAGAGGAAAAUGCAGCAAGCAGAAGAUGAUGCACAGUUUAAUUAUAACAAGAAAAAAAGUGUUGCAGCAGAACGCAAACAAGCAAAGAUAGAGAAAGAUGAGGCAGAGCAUUACCAGAUGCUUCUGAAGGAUCUGGAUGAAGAAAGGAUACUGCUACAACUUUUUCAGCUUUAUCACAAUGAAAAAAACAUUGACUUUCUGAGAACCAGUUUGGAUGAGAAGAAUAUGGAGGCUAGUAUAAAGAAAAAGUCUCUUGCUGCAGCAGAAGAUUCAUUUAGAGAGAAGAAAAAAGCACUUGGCAUGCUAAACAGGGACCAACAGCAUCUGGAAAAAGAAAUGAAGACUCUGGAAGCAUCACUGAUUCAGCAGAGACCCCUUUAUAUAAAGGCAAAGGAAAACACUUCCUACCAAAUCAAGAAAGUAGAAAUGUCUAAAAAAUCACUAAGGGACAAGGAGAAAUCCUGUGAUAAGGAAAAGCAGAACAUAAAAGAACUAGAGCUAGAACUGAAUGACAUUGAGAAGGCCUGGACAGCAUUUGAGGAGAAAGCUGAAGUGGCAAUAAUGCGGAGAGCAGCAGAGAUUGAGCUGGGAGAAAGUCAGUUGGAGCGUUACAAGGAGCUAAAAGAAAUAGCAAGAAGGAAAGUAGCUACACUGACCCAACAGCUGGAAAAACUUCGUUGGGAGGAAAAAGGAGAUCAAGAAAAGCUGAAACUUAAUCGGAGGAAGAAAAACGAAGUUGAGGGAAGCAUAAAACAGACUGUGGAGCAGAUAGAAGAGCAUAAAAAACGCGUAGAGAAGUUGGAGGAAUAUAACAAGAUCUGCAGCGAGUCACUGACAGAGAAAAAGCAGCAAGAGGAAGCACUGGUUAAGGAAAUUGAGUAUUCAGCAACACGAAUGGCUGAAGUGAAGGAGGAAUUGAACAAAAUAGUUACUGAGCUGCAGAAUGCCAAAAUUGAUUACCACGAGGGAAGGCGUGAGCAGAUGAGAGCAGAGGUCCUGGAAAGCCUCAAAAGGCUCUAUCCAGAUUCUGUGUUUGGAAGACUGCUUGACCUGUGUCAUCCUGUUCAUAAAAAGUACCAGCUUGCUAUUACUAAGGUAUUCAGCAGAUUCAUGACUGCUAUUGUUGUUGCCACUGAGAAAACAGCAAGAGAUUGCAUUCAUUUCCUCAAACAAGAGCGAGCUGAACCUGAAACAUUUCUUGCUUUGGAUUACCUUGAUGUGAAACCCAUCAAUGAGAAGUUAAGAGACAUAAAAGGAGCUAAGAUGAUGGUGGAUGUUGUACAGACGCCGUUUGCUCCACUGAAGAAAGUGAUCCAGUUUGUGUGUGGGAAUGGUUUGGUCUGUGAAACAAUUAAAGAAGCAAAGCAAAUCGCCUUCGAUGGACCAGUGAGGCUGAAAACAGUGGCUCUUGAUGGAACUUUGUUUUUGAAAUCUGGAGUGAUUUCUGGAGGAUCAAGUGAUUUAAGAUUUAAAGCUAGAUGCUGGGAUGAAAAAGAAAUAACUAAGAUGAAGGAAAGAAGAGAUAGCUUGAUCAGCGAGCUAAAGGACCUGAUGAAGAUCCAGCGUAAGGAGGCUGACUUGAAGCAGCUGCAGGCACAGUGCCACGGGACUCAGACACGACUGAAAUACUCACAGAGUGAAUUGGAGCUUAUUAAAAAGAAACAUCUGGCUAAUCUCAACGCGGAAAAGUCAAAACUGGAAAGUGAACUGGUAAAUAUUGAGUUUCGAUAUGCUAUGCUGAAUGAAGGAGUAGCGCAAAGAAAAGAAAAAAUAGAAGAAUUUCAGGAAAAAAUUAAUGAGGUUGAAGAUGCUGUUUUCCAAGAAUUCUGUGAAGAAAUUGGUAUAGAAAAUAUCCGUGUGUAUGAACAAGAACACUUGAGACAGCAAGAGGAGAUUGAUAGGAGAAGGCUGGAGUUUGAAAACCAGAAGACACGACUGAACGCUCAGCUGGAGUAUAGUCAUGAGCAUCUACAGAAAUUAACAAACUCACUCAGCAAGCUGAGGGAGACCAUUCAGAAAGAUGAAGAUGAGAUUACCAAGCUACGGAAGGAUGAAGAAAGGCUUCUAAUAAAAGUGAAUGAAACUCUGGAGAAGCAGCAACAUCUCAAGAAUAGAUUAAGUGCUCAUAAAUGUGAGCUUACAAAAAGCCAAAAUGAACUUGAAGAGUUCAGAAAGACAUUGUUGACUCUUAAUAGGGAAGCCACAAAGCUGCAGAGGGAGGCGACAGCUGUAGAAACCUCUCUGGAAGAGAAGAGAUUAAGGCGACACAAUCUGCUGCUUGAAUGCAAAGUGCAGGACUUGAAAAUCAAUUUCCUGUUUGGAUCACUGGAUGACAUCAGUGAAGUAGAGCUAGGAACAGAAACAGAAGGCACCCAGACUACACCAGGGAUCUAUGAAAAGGAAGAGGCAAUUCAGAUAGACUACAGUGGCCUAGCAGAAGACCUGAAGGACCUAGAGUCUGAUAAAGACAUAAAGGAUCAUCUGAAGCAGAUGGAGCAGGAAAUAAAAGCUAAAGAGAUCACUUUAAUGAAGACAGCUGCUCCAAACCUGAGAGCAGGGGAGAAAUUACAGAUAGCUCGGAACAAGUUCCAGGAAUCAAUGAGUGCUUUUGAGAGCAGCAGGAAGGAGGCCAGGAUGUGCAAGCAGGAGUUUGAAGAGGUGAAAAGGAAGAGAUAUGAGCUGUUCAGCAGUUGCUUUGAGCAUGCCUCCCUAGCCAUUGACAAGGUCUACAAGAAGCUUUGCAGGAACAGUAGUGCUCAGGCAUUCCUUAGUCCUGAAAAUCCUGAGGAGCCCUAUCUGGAAGGCAUUGGCUUUAACUGCGUGGCUCCGGGCAAGCGCUUCAUGCCUAUGGACAGCUUGUCAGGAGGGGAGAAAACCGUGGCAGCUCUGGCUCUUGUGUUUGCCAUACACAGCUUUAGGCCAGCACCUUUCUUUAUUCUGGAUGAGAUAGAUGCUGCCCUGGAUAACACAAACAUUGAUAAGGUCUCGAGUUUCAUUAGAGACCAGGCACAUGACCACUUCCAAAUGAUAGUGAUUUCCCUGAAGGAGGAGUUUUACUGCAAGGCUGAUGCAUUGAUUGGAGUGUGUCCAGAGUACGAUGGUGUUAUGUUCAGCCGAGUCCUGACCUUGGAUCUGACUGAGUACCCAGAGGGGGAGGACCAGGAUGCAGCAGAGAAGUCCAAACACAGUUCUGUCUUGGAGUAG